UAGUCAACCUCUUUAAUACUAGAGUUGAGCGCCCGGUAGCACUCCUCCCACUAGGAUCUUGCACGCACUUCCUCAAUCCCGGGGCGGUUCCGCUUCCCCGGCUCCUCCCCCGCCCGCCAACCGUCUGGCGGCGUUGUUCGUUGGCGCAAGAUUUGGGCGGGGGACGGCGUGCGCGUGCGGCCAUUGAUUAAAAAAGCACAGAUCGAAGCCGUUGGCUUGUAGGUUUGCUCUUCUUCUGGUCGGUUUGGCCUUCUUUGCGUGCAAGUUGCAGCCCUCGAGUUUGCAACUUGUGGAGAUUCCUCUUCUUGUGAUACAGUCAAAAACUUUGGAUUGCUUGGAAUUUAGAUUUUUUAAAUUUCGUUUUUAUUAGAUAUGACCAAAAGUUUUGGACUCAAAGUUUCAAAGUUGAAACUUUGAGACAUUGGCGCGCCACUUUUAAUCUUGAGCUUUGAGCUAUUAGAGUUAGCUCUGGGCUUUCGCCGUCGAGUUUUGAAUUUUCUAUUUCGAAUUUUCAACUUUGAACUUUCGCCUUUGAAUUUUCAACUUUGUUGAACUUUCAACUUUGAAGUUUGGGGGAAACGAGUAGCGGCCGCUGUGGUAAACCCAUCGCUGCCCGCUAUGAUAGGACGGGGGCCGAGAUAGGUGGUGGCGAACAAAGAACGAGCAAGGAGGAGACAAGAAAGGAAGCACGCGA